CAAACUAAAUAACGAAGUAAAAGCGAGUAGUCGCAGUGAAACAGGGAUCGGACGAACACGAUAUUCAGGUUGUUUUCAACGUGAGCUCCUUUCAGUUUCGCACGUGAUCGUGGCAUCCAAUCAACAGAUUCAAACUCGCGGUUUCUCGGAAUUGUUGUUUGGUCAUCGUUUCUUAAAAUAAUCCUGUGGAACGGCUUGGUUAGUCGGUUUAUUUCAUUUUAGCUUCGUCGAAGUUUGAACGUUGUGUUAUCAAAUUACAAGGAAUAUUUUUAGUGAAAGUUUUAAAUAAGUGACUAUUUUCAUGAUUUGUUUUUAAUAAUCGUCGGUUAAUUUUGUGACGAGUGUUGUUAGAUGACCUUGAUUAUUGUUUGGAAUUUGUUAUGUUAUAUGUUAAGGAUCAUCAAGAACUUCCACUAGAAAUAUAAAUAUCAUGGAUUACCACGAUUUAGAUACUGAAACACAGGAAGAUGGAGAGCUAACCGAGGAAAGUAUCGAAUUAAGUGAUGUCAUUGAGGUUAUUGAGACUGAUCCAGAUUUUCAAGAAUAUAAAGAACCAAUCCAGUCUUCCGCAAUGUUUAAUGGAGGAGGGGAAAUACCUAUACCACAACAACCCACAGCAAACCAAGCUAGUCAGUAUUCAUCAUUGUCGGCGAAAAAACAAGCUCGUAUAAGGAUAGUAGAACAACCCGCAUCGAAAGCGCUAAGAUUUCGAUAUGAAUGUGAGGGUAGAUCGGCGGGCUCCAUACCAGGAGCUAGAAGCACCCCAGAAAAUAAAAGUUACCCUACGAUUAGGGUAGAAGGUUAUAAAGGCAGGGCUGUAGUAGUAGUAUCUUGUGUAACACGUGAUCAACCAUACAGGCCACAUCCGCAUAAUUUAGUCGGUAGAGAAGGUUGUAAGAGGGGAGUGUGUACAUUAGAAAUCCCGACUGAUACAAUGACAGUUCAUUUCUCGAAUUUGGGCAUUCAGUGUGUUAAGAAAAAAGACAUUGAACAUGCCUUAAGGGUACGUGAGGAAAUCAGGGUCGAUCCCUUUCGAACCGGUUUCAGUCACAGAAAUCAACCCACCUCUAUAGACUUAAAUGUCGUUAGGCUGUGUUUUCAAGUUUUUUUAGAAGGUGAUACUCCAGGAAAAUUUUCAGUAACCGUACCUCCCGUAGUCAGCGAUCCUAUCUACGAUAAGAAAGCGAUGUCAGAUUUAACUAUAGUUAAAUUAUCAGAUUGUAGCAGUUACGUAGAUGGCGGAAGGAAAGAUAUCGUCCUUUUAUGUGAAAAGGUAUUAAAAGAAGACAUUCAAGUGAGAUUCUUCGAAGAAAAUGGUGAUUGGGAAGCAUUUGCCGAAUUCCAACCGUCCCAAGUACACAAACAACACGCUAUUUGGUUUAGAACUCCGAAGUAUAAAACAACAGACGUAACCGAUGUCGUCAAGGUUUUCAUCCAACUUAGGAGGCCCUCUGACGGCGCUACUAGUGAUGCAUUACCAUUUGAACUACACCCAAUAGAUUCAGGUAGGCCUCCGUAUUGGUCGUUCCGAAGAACACUAGCUAAAAAAGGAAAUUAUAAUCUUUUCGAUUCCAUAUUAGCGAACGAUGCGAAAUUAAUGACAAAGCGGCAGUUGAGUUUAACGAAUGACGUUGGUUGGAAGGAAACAAUUCUACCUAAGGAAACAGUUUUACCUGCAACCAAUCUACCGAAUAUUGAUGAUGAAGUAAUAUUAUUAGAUAAAUCUGUUGAUCAAAACGCUAAUGAUGUUGGAGUUAUUCAAAUCGUCAGCGAAAUUCCUAUUGACUGGAACACAGCUACAGAAACCAAUAAUAACCAAAUAAUUCCAGAAAAUAUGGAUUAUUCCGAAUUGAAAUUGGAUAAAAAUGACAGUAUUUUGACAAAUGUUCCUGAUAAAGUCGAAGAGAAAUCAUUCAAUGAACUCAUCAACCAAGUAGCGGAAUUAGACGAAAUUUAUUCGGAUACAAAAAAUCGUCUACUCACUCAACCUAUAACAGAAUAUGAUAAAACCGAUUUACCUUACAAUGACUCUUUCGAUGACGCUAAAACGUAUUCUAGUCUACAAUUAGCUUUCAAAAAUCCCGUAGAUAUUAUUUCAAGACCAUCUUAUCCCCCGAAACCGACUAAUAACUCCACGAUAUCGAAUAAACGAGAAAAUGAUGCCGAAAAAUUGCCUCCUCUUCCACCGAAACGUACUAAAAAAUUAGAAACGUUCAUCGGCAGCACAAACAGUUUACAAAAAAAUAAUAAACCCGAUUUACAUACAUCAAACUCUAGUAUACGAACAGUGAGCAGAACUAACUCAUUUAAUUUACAAAGACCUAAAUCACAGCAGGAACUGUCGCCACCGGAAAAACAUUUACCUCCAACUCCGAAUUAUUCGACUUUACCUAAUCCUAAAAAACGAGGAUUCUUUUCAAAAUUAUUCCGUAAAGGAAAAUCUAAAUCUGCGAAUCCUUCUCGCGAACCCAGCGUCUCUCCUUCGACGAAAACCAUUACCAGCACAAAAUCUCUACAGGUUCAAAAUGUUUUAGCCAAAAGUUCCGGUAACAUAUCGACUCACUCUUCUAACAGUAUUCGUAUACCACUGAAAGAUAGCCCUCCUAAUAGCAAUGAAAAUUUAACGAAUAACGAUGUUAAAGACACUAUUAACAUAUCCUCGGAUGAUAUUGAAAUGAAUUUGGAUUUAACAGAAGCUGAGCAUUAUGCUUUAUAUACUGCCAUAGCUCCUCAUGCUACACAGAGUGAAUUUGAUGAGAUGUCUUGUUACUACGCUCCGGUGGAAGGGGGAAAGUUAUUAACCAACGCCGAGGUGUUAGCCAGAUUGGCCUCAAAAACAUGAACGUUCGAGAAGUUAACGUAUUCUUAAUUUGUGAUUAUGAGUUUGAUUAUUAAGUAUAUAUUUUAUCAUAUUAUGUGAAAUAUCUACAUAUCCUGAAUAUAUUAUGUUCAUACAAGGAAUAAAAUCAUAAAAUAUGAAAUAAAUACACAUUACAAUUGGCAUUUAAGUAUAUUUCAAUGUAUGACAAUUUUGGAUGAAUUUGACCAAUUCUAUCUUUUUUUUUUCAAUAUGAUUUUGUUGAUUUUUUAUCUAAAUCAAUUGAUAAAUUGGUUUUUAUAUAAAUACUCUUGAAUUUUCCAAAAUAUUACUUAACAUUUUCAACCCUGAUUAAACAAAAUGAAAUAAAAUGUAUAAUAACAAAAUGGUUCCUCGACAAACGUGAAAAUUAUUUUCAGAUUUUUAGGUCCACUGCGUAUUUGGAAAUAUAAAACUAAAAAAUCAAAAUUUCUUAAAUUCUGUCCCAUUAAGUGACACUUUAUAAACGAUAAUUGAAUUAUUCAAAAAAUUCUGUGUAUUUUUCAUUUCAAAAGGUUCAGUCUUUUCAAAAAAAAAACAUUGGGGGAGUGGGAAAAGAAAAAAAAUGCUUGUGGGUACUUUUACAAGAGUCGUUUUAAGAGUAAAAAUUGAAAAUCAAACUCCCGUCUUUCUUCCAGUUUUUCCAGGCUGCCACUCGCAUUUUCCCGGUUGAAAUUUCGUGAAUUUACUACACUUUUAUGAUGAUAUUUAUUUUAGAAAAUACAAGUAUAAUAAAACAACCAAAUUAUUUUAUCAAUUUAACUAAUUCUUGCUCCACUGCUACAAGCAAGUCUGCAUGUUUUUAAUUUUUUUCUGUUUCCUUUCUGUUUUUCUAGUUUUAUUUUUCCAGUAUUGAGCAAUUGGAUUUUUUGUCUUUUUGUGCUGUGCCAUAUCUUGCUUAGACAUUCCUCAUAGAGAGCAUAUAGAUUAAAUUAAAUAUCUACAUUUUUUAGUCUACCAAUUUUUCUCAAAGAAUCAGUACACUAAUCUUUGGUGUCAACACGUGGAGGUGACUGAUUAUUGAGCUCCUCCACGUCCCAGCAGUACCACCCAACCUAUGUCGAAACCUAUAGCAUCUCAGAACCUUCAAAAUUUACUGUUAGCUGUUGGAAUUUAUAUUUUCUUUUAGUUUCAAAAGUUGGCAUUAAAGUUUUUUGACUUCAGCUUUGCUUUUAUAAAGCUAUCACUUCCCUAGGCCCACUUACCGACGAAGAAGCCCACAAGCUUAAUGCUUUGUUUCAUUGCCUGUGUAUGACAAGGAAAUUUAGGAAUCUCCAACUUUCUUUUUUACUUGUAUUGCUUCAUGAAGAUCUGCUCCUGUAAUAAGCCGAAAAGCUGGAAGAACCAGUUUCUAUUAAGUUGGAAUUUCAGGAACCGUUGGUGAUAUUCAUUCACUCUUUACACUACCACUACACCAACACUCACAAUUGCAUUGUCUGGCGAUAACUGUUGUUCACUUCAGUCUCUGAAGACGAUAACUUGGUUAUCGAAACGCGACUAUGGCAGUGUAGUGGUGGUAUAAACAGUGUAUUCAGUAUAAAACCGACCAGUGUUAAUUUUCAAUAGAAUUUCGAAAUUGUUCCAUUGGAUUUCUGUUUACCAGAUUGUAGUGGAAAUUUUUGAAUCAUGAUUUGUUUUUAGCUCACGUUGGCUUAUGAAUGUUUAAGCACAAACAACCAAGCACAAUAUCAAACACGAUGGAAUAACGUUAUGUUAUGUAUAAAAAUCUCAAGAGACAUAUGAGGUCAGAAAUUAUUUGAAAUAUACAUUCCCAGAUCAGCAUAUUUAUCGACAAAUGAUUUUUUUUCCAUUUAGUUUGUUUAAAACAAAAUAAUCAUCGAAGGGCUUCGAAAGAGUUACGAAUUAACUCCGCAACAUCUGUUUAAGGUUCAGUUACCAUUCAACCCUCGGCCUUGGAUUAAAAACAUGUUUAAACCCCAAACAUUUAAAUGAGUCAAUUAAAUUGAACAUGUCUAAAUAAAAACGGUAAAAGAAAUAUCGACAAAGUUUACUACCUAAACUAUAUUUUAAUGUUCAAGUUGAAAUUUCUUGAACCGUCGGUGAUAUUCAUACUGACCACACUGUUUACACUACUACCACUACACACUACAUAACUUGGUUAUCGAAACGCUCGUCAGACAGUGUAAUUGUGAGUGUUGGUGUAGUGGUAGUAGUGUAAACAGUGUGUUCAGUAGAAGUAGCUUGUCCUGGGCAAAACUAGUUUGUACUGAAAUCGGGUUUGCCUGCUAACAUACAUAACGAUUUACCAAAUAUUUUGAUAAAAACCAAAAUAAUGCAAAUAUUUAUAUAAAAAAAUAAUUCAUUGAUUUAGACCUAAAAUCAAUAAAAUAUUUUAUUUAUGAGUGAACUAAAUUCAAAUUUAUUUAUUCAGUGUUAAUAAUCAAACUUUUAUAUCACUUUAUUUAUUAUGUUGUUUCAGUAUCUUAUUUAUUAUUUGAUAUUUUUAGAACCAGGAGCUUUAAAACAUAAGCGGCAAAAAAUUAAGAUUUUCGAUCAAACGAUGAAUCCAACAGUAACUGUAAAAGAUCGUAAGUUUAAAUUUUUCAAAUCAUAUUUUUGGUGGUGGGAUAUACAUUUUUUAACACAUGUACAGAUUUUUGAUAAUAUAUACAAAUAUUUGUCUGUACUACAAUUUUAUAUCCCUCUUUGUACAGUUUUGAUACAAAAAACGGAUAUUUUGAAAAAUUUUGAUCAAAAUAAGAAUUUUAUACAUGAUAUUGAACUUGUAGUUAUGUUCAGUUGAUCUUUACAGGCUAUUUAUGUUAAUUAUAUACUUUUUCCGUUAAGAGUUUAUUUUUGAUUGAUCAUUAAAGUAACAGGAAACGAAAAUGAUAUGAUCUUGAUUUUUUUUAUAGGAAUCAAUUGUUUUUUUUCCCGAAAUUCCUCAACAAUUCCUCAGUUGUUCCAAAUCGUUAUAAUAAAAUUUAUUUUAAUUAUUUUAUACCCACUUUGUCUCUUCCAAACCUUCUCCAUGGAUGGUAUUUAAAUGUGAUAACAGUUUGCUUGGAUCGUCUUGGGUACUUCAAACAUUACCCUAUUUUGAUUACGUUUUGAUUUUUUUUGUAUAAUCUUCAACUCCAUUGUAAAACAAAAAAAAUUCACUCUUCAAUUUGUUUCAACAUAUUACGAAUAAUAUUUGGCUGAAAUUUGUCAUUUGUGUCACCUUCACGUGACCUUGAUCUCUCAUAUAAUAUUUCUUAAAACACAUCGCACAUUUGUGUGCUCUUUAAAUAAAAGCAUAAGUCAUCGUUCGAAGUAUAAAAAGAGCAAACAAAAUUUUGUUUUUCCAAACUGCAAGUAGGAUGUACCUUCAAAGAAAUAUAAUGAAAAGAUUUAUUUCGAGUAGUUUUUUGUAUACGGACCGCUCUGGGCACUGUGGGAAGUGUUAGCAGUAACCUUUUUAUUUCAAAUGAAUUUUUCGUUAGAUCCACACCCCGUAUAGAGUGUAAAAACACAACAAAAAAAAAUUUGGGCCCAGGGGAAGGUUUUAUCAAGUUUGGUUGGUGCUCAAUGGACUUUUAAUUAUUUUAAUUUCUGUUAAACAUCGUAUUCCUUAUUAUGAAUUGGUUGCCAGUAGUAAAAACAUAUUAUCAUUACGUUUUUAUUGACAAAUGUAAACUUAUAUUAAUUUAAAAAUAAACUCCUAAUGGAGGACACCAAUUAGUGUAAUUGUUAAAUAAUCUGAUUGCUUUUCGAUUUAGAAAAUUCAACAAUUUUAGAAUGUGGGCCAAUGACUUCAAUUCACAUAAACAAAAAAUAGUUUCACAUUAACAUGAAAAACAUUCUUUGACACUAAUAGCCAUUCCAACAAUAUCAUCUACUUUCCAGAGUAAUUUGUCGCUCCCAAGUUUUUCUUAUUUAAGCAUAUAUGUAAUAAUCUUAUAUGGACAGUUGGUAUAGGAAAGAAAAAACGUCCCUACGUUACGCUGCCGACUAUAUCCAUUUUCUCUCUUGUUGGAGACACUUUAUCUAUACUGCGCAUGCUUGAGAAUGCGCAGAACCGAGCUGAAACCUCGGAGGAUAGAGAAAUCGUUGUCAUUCUGUCUUCCUUAGUCGGAACAGCUUCCACUUAUAGAAACUGUCCAUAUUCAAGUAUUAGGCGGCCCCUAGACAAUCAAUUUUAUUGCGCAAUAUUACGAAUUGUGCAAUAUUAUUGACCGUUUUGGGUUAAUAUUGAAUAUUGCACAAUGAUUGAACAAAAGUUUGAGUGAGCUUAAUUUUAAUUGCACCAUAUUUUACCAUUGCAUUGUGUAGGGUCAGUAUUGCGCAAAGAAUACACACGCGCGCGUGCAUAAUGGCGGAAAAAGAGAAUGAAAAGUUGAGAAAAGAGAGUUUAUUGAAUGUGUUAAAUUGUACAGAGAAUUGCCAUCUUUGUGGAAUGCCAAGGAAAGAAAUAUCAUGACCGUGAUAAAAAAAAGUAAUGUUUACGAAUCAUUGUUGUCUAAAUACAAAGAGAUGUUUCCACAGGCAAGCAAAGAUGAUUUGAAGAAAAAAUUUAAUUCUUUGAGAACUAACUACCGGAAGUUUAUUGUGCAAUUUAAUUGAUCGUUUGGAUUCUAAACGCCUUUCAAUCUUAUUGUACUAUAAAAUAUAUUGUACAAUGUUACUGUAAGCCUGAUUGUUGUUAGAUCAGGAAGUUAAUCACAGUUCUUGUCAUGGAAUUUUCAAAUAGGAAAAAGAUUCCCUAUAUUCUGCCAAAUUUUAGUUUUUUUGUACCUGACUGACACUCUUGAUCACCUACAAAUUCUAUUUUCUUUUCACUCAGUGAAGUGAGGUUAUGUUUUUGACGAUCAGCGCAUAAAAAGUAGAAAGUUGGUUACGACUUCAAGAGCGUGUACUAACGCGAUAUUUGUGGGCGUUGUCACAGUUUCUCAACAAGUUUUUUAUUCUUGUGUAUGUUAUAUAAUAUUUUUUAAUAAUUUGAUAAGAGCAUCUUGUGCAAUAUCUACUUUCCAGUUGUUAAUUAAAAAAGUUUUGGCCAACAUUUUACUAUAGUAUACCUUAGUAAUAAUUAAUAAAUAAAAACAUUUUUUGUAGUGUUUGAAACAUUACUUGGAAUGGUACUAUUGUCGUGGUACCAUAGCAAAUACUUGUUAAAAUAUACUUUUGUUACAUUUUGUGAUUGUUAGAAUAACUUUGUUUAUUUAUCUGUUUUUGUAAAUGAUAUAAUUAUAAAAGUUUGUUUCCUUAUAGGUAGUUUAAACAGAUGAUUGUUUUUAAAUUUAAUUGCUAUUCUAGUAAUUCUUUUGAGAAGGUUGUCUAUUUAAAAAAUAUAUAAAUGUGUGUUGAAUCUGGAGAGUUUUCUAAUUAGAUCGUUAGGUUUUGUGAAGCUUUAUACAUUUGUAUCUGCUUUUAUAAUAUUAAAUAAAAAUAUACGUAUUUUAUAUC